AUGUCGCCUAAGAGUGUGUUGCUACAAGUGAGUUUGUUGAAGCGUAAUUAUCUCCACAACCGCUACCAGGUGCCGUUUCCACCCCUGUCCUCCAUUCAGCCCCCAUUUGCUCCUACCUCUUUUGUCAAUUGGUUGCUGCCAGACCCCACAAUCACUGUUUGGCUGUCUGAAAUAUGGCUGCCUAAGGGCCUUCACUUCCCGUACCUGAUUACGCCUUAUUCGAAGAUUUAG